AAUGAAUGCGCGGUUUCCUGUUUCACACGACAAGUAGCCGAAAAGAACCGAAGAGUGAAAUUCACACUUCACUCGCACACAGAAGAGACACAGUCCCGAACAUCACAAUGUUCCUGCACUUCCUGUCCUGCGUCAUCAUGGGUUUCACCCCCACGGCCGCCACCUUGCCGCCCACAGAGCCGCCCCUGAUACCCAAGCACCCCUUUGUUGCCGUAUGGAACGCUCGCACUGAAGAGUGUCAGCGUCUGGACAUCCCGCUGGACACUGCUGCCUUCCAGGCGGUGACCACGCCGGCCUCCGUUCCUGGCCAGUUCCUGACCAUGUUCUAUGAGGACCGGCUGGGCUUCUAUCCCAAGGUUGACCCGGCCAGGCAAACACGCCGCGCGGGCGGCGUCCCUCAAAACGGCAACCUGACGGCGCACCUGCUCAAGGCGAGGCGUCAAAUCGAGCGAUACAUAGCUGAGGACGAAUCCCCGGGCCUCGCCGUCAUCGACUGGGAAUCCUGGCGACCCCUUUGGGCCCAGAACUGGGGCGCCAAGCGGAUCUACCAAAAGCUGUCCAUCGCUAACACCCUACAAGCCUCCCCAUUCUUGUCCGUGAGGAAGAUCUCGCAGCUGGCCGUGGAUCAGUUCCAGAGGGCCGGGCGGGACUUCAUGGAGAGGACCAUCGAGCUCGGGGUGGGGGAGCGUCCGAGCCGCCGUUGGGGAUUCUACUUGUUCCCCAACUGCUACAACUACGAGUGGGACCGGCCCGACUACACGGGGAGGUGCUCUGCCAAGGCCCGCAAGCAAAACCAGGAGCUGAUGUGGCUCUGGGACCACAGCACUGCCCUCUUCCCGUCUGUCUACCUGCACCCCGCCCUGAGGGAUUCCCCCCAGGCAGCUCUCUAUGUGCGGUAUCGCGUCCGCGAGGCCCUGAGGGUGGCGGCCCUGCCCAAACGGCCGUACACCGUGCCCACCUACGUCUACUCCAGACCCCUGUAUCGAGGCCAGAACAGGAUAUUUGAGACCCCGGCGGACCUGGUGAGCACGGUGGGAGAGUCGGCCGCCCUGGGGGCCGCCGGCGUGGUCAUGUGGGGCGGAGGCAGAGACUACAAUGACAAGGCAUCCUGCCAGGCGCUUUCGGACUACCUGACGUCCACGCUCAACCCGUACCUAGCCAACGUGACGGCGGCAGCCAUGUUGUGCAGCCGCGCCCUGUGCCAGGGGCGCGGCCGCUGCGUCCGACGUACCUUCAACUCGUCCGUCUACCUCCACCUGGACGCCGGCCGCUUCGGCAUCCUGCGAGCCGACAGGAAGUAUGUGGCGGUGGGCCUCCCUUCCGCCCAAAACCUGGACGACUGGGCCCAAAAGUUCACGUGCCAGUGCUACGGCGGACAAGACUGCGAGCCGCAACUCACGCCGCCCGCCGGUAUCCAGGUCAUCAGGGUGUGAGGUGGCACCGCAGCGCCCAUUAACUGGUAGCCGGAGGAAUGAAACAGCACAGCAACACACUGUACAGUGGUACCGUGACGUACGAUUAUUCGUGCGAUGCCCGGCGUGUGGGCAAGGAGAGCCGCAGUCACCGUUUGUUGAAUGCCAUAAAAUGCAAAAUGAGAACCGUCACAAGGAGUGACCUGAUGUCACACACCUGGCCACGCCCUUUUUUAGGCAAGCGUCCAACACACGAAUCCAAAGUGAACUGAGGAGCUUCAUUCAGACAGCAGUAGCCCUUUACUGCCAUCCGGUGGCGUAUUGGUGCCAGGGAACUAUGUUGAAUUGAGUUAAGGGGUUUCAUUUCGACAAACAUAAAAGCUUUGCUGCCAUCUUGCGGCAUUGGUAGAUCAUUUUAAACAUUGCUGUUUUUGGCGAUUUGCGGCAAGACUCGGUGGUGGGAGUUCAAAUUUAUAAAACCGAUUAUUUCUUUACAUUCUGUUAUGUUUUACAAUGACAUUUUUUUUGUUCAUUUUGAACAUGUAACAAAAAAUGGGGACGUUUUUUGGGGGGGGGCUGGAAUUGCUUAAUGGCUUUUUAAAUUAAUUCCAAUGGGAAAAUGUAUUUGAUAAACAUGCAAAUUGAGUUACAAGCUAGGCCAUGGAAUGAAUUACACUCGUAAG